CUCCCAGCCCCACUACAGCUGUUCCUUACAUGUCAGUGAAGUGCAUUGAUGUAAGAAAAAACCACCACAAGACCAAGUGGCUGAUGCCCUGGGGACCCAACCACUGCGAGAAGCUCAAGGACUUUGACGAGGCGGUCAGCAGGCAGAUCGAGGCCAAUGACAUUGUCUUUGCUGUGCACAUCCCUCUCCCCAGCAAGGAGAUGAGCCCCUGGUUCCAGUUCAUGCUCUUCAUCAUGCAGCUGGACAUCGCCUUCAAGAUGGACAAUGACCUGAAAGAAAAUGCAGAAAUUACCCUGGAUGUGUCCUUAGCAUAUCGUGAUGACAUGUUUGGUGACUGGGAAGAAAUAGCACACGCAAUAGAGAUCAGGAAGCUGAAAUGCACCUUUGGUUCCCCAAAAACCCUGGAGUCUGAAGGCCGUCACUACGACUGCGACUUCCUUCCCUUCAUGGAGAUCGGCAGCGUGGCUCACAAGUACUACCUCAUCAACAUCCGCCUGCCCGUGAACGAGAGGAAGGGCAUUAAUGUGGGCAUCGGGGAAAUCAAGGACAUCCGCCUGGUGGGUAUCCACCAAAACGGAGGCUUUACGAAAGUGUGGUUUGCCAUGAAGACCUUCCUCACCCCCAGCAUUUUGAUCAUCAUGGUCUGGUACUGGAGACGGAUCACGCUGAUGACACGGGCUCCUGUCCUGCUGGAGAAGGUCAUCUUUGCUCUGGGAAUUUCCAUGACGUUCAUUAACAUCCCAGUGGAGUGGUUUUCCAUCGGGUUUGACUGGACCUGGAUGUUGCUCUUUGGAGACAUUCGACAAGGCAUUUUCUACGCCAUGCUGCUGUCAUUUUGGAUCAUCUUCUGUGGAGAGCACAUGAUGGACCAGAACGAGCGGAACCGCCUCUCGGGGUACUGGAAGCAGGUUGGACCCAUAGCUGUUGGCUCCUUCUGCCUCUUCAUCUUCGACAUGUGUGAGAGGGGAGUGCAGCUGAAAAACCCCUUCUACAGCAUCUGGACCACCGAGGUUGGCACGGAGCUGGCUAUGGCCUUUAUUAUAGUUGCGGGAAUUUGCUUGUGCCUCUAUUUUCUCUUCCUGUGUUUUAUGGUCUUCCAAGUGUUCAGAAACAUCAGUGGAAAGCAAUCCAGCCUGCCAGCGAUGAGCAAGGCCCGCCGCCUGCAUUACGAGGGGCUGAUCUUUAGGUUCAAGUUCCUGAUGCUCAUCACCCUGGCUUGCGCAGCAAUGACAGUCAUUUUCUUCAUCGUCAGCCAGGUGACAGAAGGCCACUGGAAGUGGGGGGACAUCACGAUACAAGUGAACAGUGCCUUCUUCACCGGCAUCUACGGGAUGUGGAACCUCUACGUGUUUGCACUCAUGUUCCUGUAUGCGCCGUCGCACAAGAACUACGGGGAAGAUCAGUCGAAUGGUGACCUGGGGGUGAGCAGCGGGGAGGAGCUCCAGCUCACCACCACCAUCACCCACGUGGACGGCCCCACGGAGGUUUACAAGCUGGCUCGCAAGGAGGCUCAGGAGUGACACCGAGAUGUCAGGUGCAGCGGCGGGCACAGGACGACGCGAUGCCCUCCUGCAGGAGCCGUGGCCGACGUGCCUUGCCGGUUGAGCACCGCAGCUUGUGUAUUUCCACAGAGCAGUGACACCGAGCAGAACGUUUGUAAACUUUAAUCUGGUGUAGUUCUUUCUGGGGGGGAGGGCUGUGUAUAUUGUGUUACUCUCAAGCACAUAAAUAUCUGCUAGAAAAGCAUUAAUGUCGCAAAGUCGCACGUUGAGACGUUAGGAAGUGGCAGAGCUGGCCUCGAGCAGCUCUUGCUGGGCAGCACGAAGCUGGUAGGGAUGGCGAGAAGUCGCUUGGGAUGGUUUUGGAUACUUGAACUGGAACACUAACCUUUUUUUUUUUUUUUUUGUAAGUUUGUAUUUUUGUAAGGCUGGUGCUCCUGUACUCUAAGGAAAUGCUUAUAAGAAAUUCAAAAAGGAGGGGACGCACCUAGUGCAAGUGCUGGAGCCUUCAGCAUGGCUGGCAGCGUGGAGCUCACGAGCCACGUGCUGAAGGAAACAAGUGCUGGGGAGAGCAAGCAGGGUGCAAGGCAGCAGAUCUGUCACCAAGGGACCUGAUGCACGCACGCAGCCCCAGCGUUUCCCUCGGCCGAGCGCUCGACUUUGCAGCUUUAAUGUUCUUCUUACGCCCAGUUCCUAUGUGAUAUUUAUGUUGUUCCCAUAGAUGUGUCCAUGGUUUCUUUUACAGCGUAGUAUAGCAUUGCGUUUUUGUAAAGGCUCUUUACAACUGGGGCAUUGCAGCUUUAAAACCAAAUCUUGUGUCAAACACUAACAACUUGUUUACGGGGCGCGUGUACGUGUGAGCGCGUGUGUGUGCGUGUGUCUACUUUUUUUAUUUCUUCAUUCCUAAGCCCUACUCAUACGUCUCAGAAAUAGUCCCUGGAUCUUAUUGAAGUAUAUCCUUUUUUGUUUAGGUCGAGUUCACUUUUUACAGAAUGCUUUUAAGCAACCUGGAAAACGUGUAGAUUUGUUAAUUUAAAUAAAAUAUACAAUGUUGUGGUU